AUAUUUUAGGACAACGUAGAGAUUUGUCUCGGGAGGACCGUCGAGUAAUGAGAGGACCACCAUUGUCAAUGCAUAAUAUACCCGAAAGACCAACUGAUGCUGCUACGACAUUUAUGGGGCCAUAUAUGAGACCCUCUCAAAAACAAAAACAAAAGGAAAUGGAACGUAUCGGAAGAGAUAUUAAAUUUUAUAAAUCAGAUGCUGGAAGACAAGUUAUGGAAAUGGAACGACGACAUGGAAUGCGAAGAGAGCUAGUCGCACCUUGUAGUCCAGUAGGAGAAGAAGACCAUCCUUUUGAUGAGCCUAUUCCUAGAGGUUUACCACCGCCCCUUGCUCCUCAUCAUGGAUCGCCUAUAAGACGACCCCAUUACACCAGAGUCGUCGACCCAUUUCCACAAGUAGAACUACAGCCUUUACAAUUUGAGAACUUUGGUCCAUGUGGUCCCCCUCCGCUGCACCCCGACUUGCGAGAGGUAGCUGAAUGGGAACCCCCAUUUGAUCUAGGAGAGACAACGGCACUAUCAGCUGAAAGUCAUGGCGAUGAAUUGAUGUACUCGCCUGAGCCGUUACCUGGUCCUGAACCUUUAACUCCACCGUCAGUUGGCAAAGGCCCUUGCGGUACCUAUAGUCCAGCAACAUCUCCUCCCCUUGGCAUUUUAGAGUCUCCAGAUUUAAGAAUGUAUGAUCCCCACGAUUUGAAGAUUUUCGAUGAACAUUUAGCUGAUCAAGAAGAUGUGAGGAGCUUUUUCGACAGAUCUCCACAACCAGGACCAUCCACAGGUGUCGAAGCUGAUUUUGAUUUCUUUUUAGAAACAAAAUCUGCAAAGGGACGUGAAGGCCUCAAGCCAAAGCCUCAAUUCUUUGGAGGGUAUGGCGAAAAACCUAAGAAAUACUUGCCUAGGUGGUAUGGUCAAAGAGGACCAAAUCUCAAUAUUAUUUCAGAGGAAGGAGAUAUUCCACCAUCACCUCCAGUAUCAAGUCAUGACACAACUUGUGGGCCAUGCGACACUUCUGGUCUUGACGAGUAUCUGUUGCUUGAGCAACAAUUGGCACAGGAAGCAGCGAGCCAUCAGAAUUCGCUAGCAUUCGAUGAACGGAGAAGACAAGUGGCUAUAACCGAUAUGGCUGAGCAAGCGGAUAGACAAUUGAUUAUGUCGCCGGAACAGAGGGAAUUUGAAAUGCUAGAAGAACAGAUGUCUCAACAACGAAGACCCGGUAGAACUUCAGGUCGUCGAGAAUUUGCUGAUAGAUCAAGACGAGCCAUGAUCGACGAAAUGGCAGAAGAAGCAGAAAGGAACUGGAUGGAUAGAAUGAGAGUACCUUCGCCACCACAAUGGGCACCAUCGUCACCUCAACGGGUACCAUCGCCAUGCCCAGUAGAAACGUUUGGUCCAGAACUUGGAAGUAGGCUUGAUACUUCUGGUGUAAUGGAUCAAAGCUUUGGUCAAUAUGUUACUCCACCAUGCUCACCAGCAGCAAGGGAGGAGUUUGAACAAUUUACACCUCCGAUUAGCCCAAGAGGUAUAGGAGUAUGUACGCCUCAAUUACCUGAAGCUGGUAAUUUAGCAGAUAUAUACCAAGAAGAUACUAGAGGUUUCCUGGAGGAAAGUUUUAUAGGAGCUCAAUCACCUCUUAAUUUGUCGGAUGGAGGUGUACCCGGUUAUGACUAUGAAGGAGCGGAGCAAAUGGUGCUAGGUGAUGCUGGUGGUUUUCCAGAAAUGUCAGGAAUUCCAGGUGCAGGUACAUUGGAAGAAGAAACAUUUCCGGAAUUAUCACCUGGACGAAGAAAUCCAAAUCUCGAAAGGUAUAUUGAAAAUAUGCAACGGCAGCAAGAGGCAGUGCGACUGGAAGAACAAGCCUCUCGACAACGACGUAUGCAACGUUACAGCAACGCCAUGGAAGAGCUUUAUCAGCAAAACUUGCCAUCGCCCGUCUCCCCAGGUCCUGAUGCCGAUUUUCUUGCAAACGUCUAUAUGCAUCAUGUACCUCCAUCCUUUGCUCAAGGUGAACGUCUAUAUAUGCGUGGAGGAAUGCCAAGGAGAGCUCCUUGUCCAGGCCUGGAUACGAUUACAGAACCAAGGGUCCGAAUUACCAGUCCUAAACCAUCGCCAAAAAGACAUAAACAUAAACAUGGGAAACAGGUUGUUCCGCCCCCUCCACGUCCCGGGAGAACGUUUUCAGCACGAAGGGUCGAGGAAGCUCGAAAGCUGUAUAGAGAGAUAUCAAGACAAACAGAGACUAGCAUGUUAAGUGAACGUUCAAGAUUGGCUCAACGACAAGGAGCUGUUCCGAGACCUAGAGGUGUAGCACCAAGUAUCGCACGACCUUCAGCCCAACCACCACCACCUAGGCCUUUCACUGGUUUUGUUCCGUCACAGGUUGCUAGCCAGUCUGGUGCACGUUCAAGAGUGAUCCAACAACAAGGAGCUGUUCCGAGAUAUGAAGGUGUACGUAGGCCUUUUACUGGUUUUGUCCCGUCACAGGUCCAAGCACCCAGUCAAGGAAGAGCAGGUUCUGGAGGAUCCGGUCAAGGAAGAUCAGGUUGUGGAGGAUCGGGUCAAGGCAGAUCAGGAUGUGGAGGAUCCGGUCAAGGAAAAUCAGGUUGUGGAUCGCAGUGACGAGGUAAAAAAUCCACGUACAUAGAAGAGAGAACCACCAGAUAACGUGCCUAAGAAAAAAUGAUGUCGUCUAUAACGUGUCAAGUGAAAAGAAGAAGUAGAUUUGAAAAAAUAUGAAGUGAAGUCUUAUAAAUUUUGUAAAAUCUGUGAUAUCCUGUGAUUUUAAGAUUAAAAGUAUUUUUUUAAUAAAUAUUGAAAAAACAAGAUAUAAAAUUUGU